GGAGGAUCUUGGAACCUCCUGAAUGGGGGUCACCAGAAGCGGAGAUAACCAGAAACGGCUGAAUCAGCCGACCAAUCGAGAGGAAAAUCAGAUGAAAAUCAAGUUUCCUUUUUUCUCAUAUUCCAAUGGAAUCUUUUCUUGUUGGAAUCAGUAAACUAAAGCAACAAUCAUCAACCAGUUAACACACAAUUGAACAUCAACACCAACAAUUAUCAUCUUAAAGAAGAAAACAAUCAACUGAUUUACCAAAGUGUAAUUAAAGACUUCAUCUCGAAAGUGACAACCAAACCUCAGCUCAACAACAAUCAACAACAUUGUUCAAUAUUUAUAUCAAUACAAAUGUAUAUUUCUGAAAAAGCAAUGUGUCAACCCGGUGAAUUAAUUAGAAGCCAAUUGAUUAUAUCCAUAUGUAAAUAAAUUAAUAGCAUAAUUAUCAUCAAUAUUUUCCUAUUUUCCUCUGGAUCAUCUUGUUAACACAACAUAAAUUCAUUAUCAUCAACCAUCAUCAUCAUCAUCAUCAUCAUCAUUAUAAGUAAUUCAAGUUGAUCUUAGUAAUAUAAAGAUUUGGAGAGGAGCCAUAGCAAGAGAUAGAGAGAGAGAGAGGAAGAUGACUAAUUUCAAUGGUCUUCUAGUCACCAUAAUCUAUUUGAUGGUUAAUUUAAUUGUUACACUUUCGUAUGGAAUCAAUUCUACCUCAUCAUCUCCAUCAUCUUCUUCAUCCUCAUCUGGAAAUCAAUCUGAUCCCUCUGAGAGUUAUUACAAUUCACCAGGUCCUUUAUUGGAAAAUUUGGAAGAUAUUGAAGCUCUUUCAUAUUUCUUAUUGUCAAGUCACAAUCAAGAUAAAUGUCGAUACAAUUUAAAUGGUGAUCGAUUUGGUGGUAAUAAGGAGGAAACCAAAUGGUGCAAUAAAAAUCUAACUGAAUCAAGUUUAUUCAGAUUCUUUGAAGAUCUCAGAAGUGGUAAUGUCGAUGAAUCUGGUCAAUUUUUACGUCAAAUCAAUUGUGAACAUGAGGUUGAUAAUUAUCUUCGAUUGAUCAAUAAUUUAACUUCUAAUCCAUCAUCAGCAUCUUCAUCUAGUGUUACAUCAUCUCCUUUACAAUCAAUAGUAUCAACAAAUCAAUCUCCAUCUUCAGCUUCAUUAACUUCAGCUGAUCGUCAAAGGUCAAAGCUCAUUUUAAUCUGUAGGGCAGUUAAUAAAUGCCAAUCUAGUGAUGACCUGUUGAAUUUAAUUCGUAAAGCUGACCUUCCCUCUCUGACCACAACCACGACCACAACCACAACCGCUGCAACCGAUUCAGAGGAAGACACCGGUUUAAGGUUAAGCCAUUCAAUUGUUAAACUUUGCCCUGUGAUAUUAUUUCAAUUACAUGAUUCCAAGUGCUCAUCUAAAUUGGCUAAAGAUGAGGCUUCGCAACCGCGUCCAUCCAUUGGGUCAGUUUGGGGAUUUUCAAUUCUAUUUGUAACAAUUAUCUCAUUCUGUUCACUGGUUGGUGUUAUGAUUAUGCCUUUCAUUGAUAAAGAUUCAUUUACCAAUGCAAUGAAUUUACUUGAAGGUUUAGCGGUGGGAAGUUUAAUUGGAAGCUCAAUUUUUCACCUUAUACCUCAAGCCUUUGACCUGGUAAUCAAAUAUCCUUCCCAUGAUUUCCUGUGGAAAGCAUUGAUUAUCUUUGGUGGUAUUUACCUUUUCUUUUGGUCGGAAAGAAUAAUGAAAAUUGUCUCUGAGUUUAAACGGAAAAAAAAGUUGGCCUCAGUUUACGUUCCGACAAGCUCUUCACCUGAACAUCCAACCGAAUCGUCAAAUUUAGCCAGCGGGUUCAACGCAAUGAAACAUGUCUACUUUAGGGACAUGGGUGACGAUGAUGUGUCCAAAUCACUGACCCUCGCCAAUGGUAAUUUGGUUGAAAACGAAGGUCAUCCCAAUGAAGAUUCAGAGGAGACAACGUUCACCUCUAACCAGGAGAAUCAAGGAAACGGAAAAGAUGAAGGAAACGGAGGAUUGGAUGGUAAUGCUUCUGGUGGAGGAGGAGGAGGUGGUCUUAAUGGUGGUGGGGGUCUAUUGAAACCUAAAGUGCCUAAUAAUCCCGUUGGAAAUCAUUCUAUGAGGAAAACUUCCUGUUCUUCCGCCUCGUUGAAUAAACACUUUCACACUCACAUCGAUACUUCAUCAAGUAAUCCCGGCGAAAGAGACAUCGCCACCAUUGCUUGGAUGAUUAUUCUCGGUGAUGGUUUACACAAUUUCAUUGAUGGUCUAUCAGUUGGAGCUGCUUUUUCAAAUUCAAUUUUAACAGGAAUUAGCACUUCGGUUGCUGUGAUUUGUGAGGAGUUUCCUCAUGAAUUGGGCGAUUUCGCAGUUCUCAUCAGUUCCGGAAUGACUUUGCGUCAGGCCAUUGGGUACAAUUUCCUCUCAGCGUGUACCUGUUAUCUUGGUAUGAUAUUGGGAAUCAUUAUCGGCGAUUUUGCCGCUGGAAGUACCUACAUUUUUGCCCUUGCCGGGGGCAUGUUUCUGUACAUUGCCUUGGUUGACAUGAUGGCCGAGUUGUCCGCGUCCCUUGAUGAAGCGAUGGCCCGGUCGACAAGCUCAAUGAUCAAAGCCUUAAUUUUACAAAAUGUCGGCAUCCUUUCGGGUGUGGCAACGCUUUUCCUCCUUGCCAAGUAUUCAAGUCACAUUAAUUUUGAAGGAUUAGCUCCGUUUGACCAGAGUGAACUGCCAAUUGCAAUGACCGAUACUGUUUAAGAUGUUCAAAUCAACGGAAUCAUAACAAUUAAAGGAAAUACAAUCGAUAGAAACAAUUUUCAGAUUCAAGAAAAUUCAAACAUUUAUCAAUUACUAAGCAAUAAUAUUAAUCGUUUCAAUGAUUUACAAUCAAAAUUGUUUACCUAUUCGAUGGUAUAGUUUGGAAACUUUUGUUUUUCUAUCAAAAUCAUCAUCGUAAUUGUUAAUUAACUUUUGCAAUCAAUUACUGAUUCUUGAUCUUUAAAUUAAGAUACAAAUUGAUAUUUUUGUCAACUAUUUUUACGCUACAAUUUUGUUGGAAAAAGAGAAGCAAUAAUUUAAUUUUAAAGUGAA